AAUUAUUAUUAUUAUUUUCUUAAAUAUAGCAUCGUUUUGUCCUCUCUCUCCCCCGCUGUCUACAUUUCCAAAAAAAGCCGGCUUCCAAACGAAAGCUAAAACCAGCACCAUCCAUCACUGGUUAUCACCGUCACCAACACAGCACAAACCCAAAAAGAAAAAAGAGAGAGAGAGAUGGAGAAGAUAGAGCACACAACUGUAGCCACAAAUGGCAUAAACAUGCACAUAGCAUCAAUUGGUACAGGCCCAGAGAUCCUAUUCCUCCAUGGCUUCCCUGACCUCUGGUACUCAUGGAGACACCAGCUACUCUCUCUCUCCUCCCUGGGCUACCGCUGUAUAGCCCCUGACCUUCGUGGCUACGGUGACACUGACGCGCCAAAGAAUUAUAGAGAGUACACAGUAUUCCACAUCCUGGGCGACCUUGUGGGGUUGAUUGACUCGCUGGGAAUCGAUAAGGUGUUUUUGGUGGGUCAUGAUUGGGGAGCAAUGGUGGCUUGGUACUUUUGCUUGUUGAGGCCUGACAGGAUUAAGGCCUUGGUUAACAUGAGUGUUGCGUUCCAACCCAGGAAUCCACACAAGAGUUUCGUCCAGAUUAGUAGAGAUUUAUUCGGUGAUGAUUAUUAUAUCUGCAGGUUUCAGGAACCUGGAGAGGUUGAAGAAGACUUUGCUCAAAUGGAUACUGCAAGAAUAAUCAGAAAGUUUCUGACCUCUCGUAAUCCAAAGCCACCUUGUAUACCGAAAGAGGUAGGGUUCAGAGGUUUACCUAACAAUCCAAAUUUACCUUCUUGGUUGUCAGAAAAAGACAUAAACUAUUAUGCUGGCAAAUUCAACAAGACAGGCUUCACUGGAGGAUUGAACUACUAUCGAUGCUUGGACCUAAACUGGGAGCUGAUGGCAGCAUGGACUGGGUUACAAAUUAAGGUACCAGUGAAGUUUAUUGUGGGUGACCUGGACAUUACCUAUAAUAUGCCUGGAGCUCAAGAUUAUAUCAGCAAAGGUGGGUUAAAAAAAUAUGUCCCCUUCUUGCAAGAAGUAGCUAUAAUGGAAGGUGUAGCUCACUUUCUCAACCAAGAAAAGCCAGAGGAAGUUAGCUCACAUAUCUACGAUUUCAUCAAGAAGUUUAAUUAGCAUUAGACAUCUCAUACAUGUUCCUUUCAAGGCUCUAUAUAUAUAUAUAUCUGCAGAACUCAAUUGUCUGCUUUUCCUGUACGGCAAUGCUCCAUUCCACGGGAUGGCCUUAAAAGUGUGUAAAUAGGUUGCAACAAAUAAUAAAUGCGGGUCUUUGAGCCCAAGGUUGGAGUUGGGCGUUGUCUGCUCCUGAGUGCUGA